CGCCCGUUUCCCUGCUAUCUUAGAUCUUACCGGGCAACCCCAGCUUCUCCUUCCUCGCUCGAUCCCCAAAUCGCUGCGUGCCUGCCUGCUUCCUCCACCCGACCCUAACCCUAGCCGCGCCGCCACCAUCGAUCCCCAAAUCCCUCCCCCCUCCGCCCUCCACCCAACCCUAAUCCCUACCUACCUUAGCUAGCUAGCCGCCAUGGGCCGUUCCAUGGCUCUGCUCCACCGCGAGAUUUACUUCUCCGACGACGAGGCGUUAUCCGGCCGAGUGUCGUCAAUCCGCUGCCCGUGGGAAGGACGAGAUGGUCCACCAAGCCGCCAAGAGAUCAGUGACGCAGUCACCGGUUACCUGCGGACCUUCAAGGCGCACGCAGUCGUCGCCGAUCCGCCGGCGCUCUCCUUCCUCCACAUACUGCGGCCGCCGGUAUCCGUCGGGCUCCCGGUGCAGCUCCACAGCCUCACCAUGGCCACUCUCUCCAGCGCGGACAAGAACCUGGUCGCCAUGUACGCCGGAGCGUACCGCCCUGGCAACCGUUUCCCUGGAGGCUACCUCAUCUACGACGCCAGGAACGACUCCAUCUCUGGGAUCCCCGAGCUCCCCUCCGACCACUCACAUAGAGCCAUCGGGUGCGAGUCGGCCGUCGUCAUGUGCGCCGCCGGGAACGACUACUUUCUUGCCGAGCUCGUCAGGGUCUGGCCAGAUGGCUCCCAAGCUGCGCUCUGGCUGUGGAAGUCGUCCGUCCAAAAAUGGGACUUGCAUCCCAGUCGCCUGCCCCUUCCAUCCAGCACCACCGGCCACUUCUCCCCUGACUUGUGCUUCUCUUGUUGGGGCUCUGUCCUCUGCUGGGUGGAUCUGCUCAAAGGCAUGGUGCUCUGUGAUCUGAAACAAAACUGCAAGUUCAGCUUUAUUCAGUUGCCCAAAGAUUGUCCAACCUAUGAUGCCGACAGCGACGACUUUACAUACUCCUCUGCCGAGGAGUUCCGUUCCAUGGCCUGUGUUGCUGGCAAAAUCAAGUUCGUCGCCCUGGAUGAAUGUGAUGAACACCAGCCCGAAAAAGGAUUGGAACUGACCAUCUGGACUCUCUCGCAUGACCUCUCAGGGUGGAAGGAAAGCUGCAAGUGCAAUGUUGAAAACAUCUGGGCAAACGAGGCCUACAAGCCUGCUGGUAUAAGAAAUCUUCCUCCGUCGUACCCUGUUCUGAGCAUCCAUGAAGACGGCGUCGUCUACCUAGUCUUAAAUGAUCUCAGGGAGUUGGACUAUGGACUAGAGCACAUGGGCCAGUGGAUGCUUCGUGUUGACAUAGGCAAUGACAAGGUCCAGUUCUAUCCAAAUGGUGAAAAGAAUUCUGUUAAUUCCCUGCUCUUUGCCAGUGAGUUCAGUGCGCACCGACAGCAUUUACAGGAUCACCCGAGAGAGAUAGAAGCAAGCGAGUUUGUUGCAAGGGGAAAGAGGAUGAAGCCUUGAGAUCUUGGCAACAUAUCAUGAGGAAAUUUGGACUGAUGGCCGCCACUUGAUUUUGCUUAGGCCCAGUGAAGACAUUUAAUGUCAUCUGUAUCGAUUAGUAGUACAGUAGUUAUAAACUUAUCAGUCAUGGCAUUAUGCCUAUUGAGUGGCUUCUUUUGGAUUGUAACUGGGCAUGGUUAAACUUAUCAGUCCUGACUUUAUGCCUAUUGGAGUGCUUCUUUUGGAUUGCA